AUGGAAACAAUAGAUAUACAAAGUAGAUCCUUCGUUGUUCGAUGGGUGAGGUGCUCUCAUGGUGACACCAUCAACUAUCAGAUUAAACCUUUGAAGAAAUCAAUUCAUUUAGGUAUUUACAAGCGAUUGAAAACGAGCGUUGAUGAUCAAUCAUUUGCAGUGCACAUUGCCCCAGAUACUAGAGCUGCAUUAGAUUACGCCAAUAAGACUCUUACAAAAAGAAACAAUUCUAUCAGUGCUCACGAAGCCUCACACUCCUCGAGCUCCUUGUCGAUAAGCCAUAUUCAGCAACAAUCUCGAGAGAUUCCAUUAAAAGAUCGACUUUCUGCAUCAGGAUUUACUCUCGUAAAAUCAAUGGGACAAAUCCAUGGUAACAACCUGAUAGAAGGUGCAUUGGAUGUGGAAGAUACGGACUACUAUUAUGCAUUCAUUCUUGAUAAUACUUCUUCUAAAAAUGUCAAGAAAAAAGUUCUGUUCAAUGCAAGCAUAGUACAUGGCGAUGAUCAAUCAAUCAUAAGCACCCGUUCAGCACCAUCCUCCGUGAUUCCUUCAUUCGCGAGAGGAUUUUCUGAAAAGGACAAUGUUCUUAUGGUAGGUAAAGGAAGGUACAUUCAAGGCUAUUUAUUGAAGAAAAGAAGAAAAAAAUUACAAGGUUUCAAAAGAAGAUUUUUCACCUUAGAUUUUAGAUAUGGUACGCUAUCUUACUAUCUAAAUGACCAUAAUCAGACUCGUCGUGGUGAAAUAGUUAUCAGUUUGUCUACAGUAAGUGCGAACAAAAAAGAUAGAUUAAUAAUAAUUGAUUCAGGAAUGGAAAUCUGGGCUUUGAAAACUAAAGACCAAAAGAGCUGGCAAACGUGGGUCACUGCACUACAGUCAUGUUUUGAUAAUGAAAACAAAUCAGAACAUUCCGAAGAGGAAGAAUUGGAAGGGAAAGAGGAAAACAAAGUUGAUACACGCAUUGAUUCAAUGCGGAACAAAAAACAAAGAGAUUCAUACAUCCCACUGCCCUUGGAGGCGUUUGACACUUUUGAUGCUAAUCUAAAACUGAUUCAGCAAAGACUAGAACAAUGCAAGAAUGACUCCCUAGAAUAUUCUGGGCCAAAAGAUUCGAAAUCUUAUAACGUAUUCAGGUCUUCAUCCUCUUCCUCAGUAUCUGCAUCUAGAAAAAAAAUUGGUCUCUCUGCCGCUUCUCCAAUGGAUUCAAAUGAAUCCUUGUCUUCACCAACAGAAUCUAAUUUCUUGGAGGAUACCAAAGAGCACGAUCUCUUUAGAAAAUUGGCUGAACUAGAAGCAUUGUUCGGAGAUUUUGUUAAGCAAAGUAAAAUACUACUUAAUGAUCGAAAAAAUAUGGUUAAACAACUUAGAGAGUAUCCAAAUUCUCUUGCAUCAAUAUAUAGUGGAAACGAAGAGUUUUUUGAUGCCGAAGAAGACAUAAAAGCAGGUGUUAUCAUGCUGGAGGACGAUGAUGAAACUACCGAGGCAAUGUAUUUAGAAGAACAGCUUUCAGAUAUCGAUGCUCCUCACACUUUACACUCUUUAUCAGACGCAAUCAGCAGUGGGGAUACAAUUCCAAAAAUGCAAGAUUUAUAUCCUCUCCCAUAUCCAAAAAAGGUCACUCGUCGUGAUGAUGUGCCAAAGGCUGAAACCUCACCCCCAAGUCUUCUCUCAUUUUUAAGAAAGAACGUAGGGAAAGAUUUAAGCUCCAUUGCUAUGCCAGUAACUUCAAAUGAACCAAUUUCGAUUUUACAAACCAUUUCUGAAACUUUUGAAUACGCGAGUUUACUACCGCAAUUGGCUGACCCAAAUAUUAGUGUGCCACCACUGGCCGUGGUUUCAGCUUUUGCAGUGUCCUUUUUAUCCGUCUACAGAGACAAGACAAGAGCACUUAGAAAACCUUUCAAUCCACUUUUGGGGGAGACUUUCGAGUUGGUGCGUGAAGAUAUGGGCUUCAGAUUGAUAUCAGAAAAGGUAUGCCAUAAACCACAAAUUUUUGCCUUUUAUGCUGAACAUGAUGACUGGGAAUGUAACUACACUUUGUCUCCUGUCCAAAAGUACUGGGGUAAAUCGGUAGAAAUUAACAACGAGGGGACUCUAGAACUGAAAUCAAAAAAGACUGGUGAAUAUUUUGAAUGGACUCAACCAACUACAAUGUUGAAAAAUAUUCUUGCUGGUGAGAGAUACCUUGAGCCAGUCAAUGAAUUUGAAGUUAUUUCCUCCAAAAGUGGUAAAGCCACAAUAGUGUUCGAAAAGACUGGCAUGUUUGGUGGUAGAUCAGAAAAUGUAAACGUGGUCAUUACCUCUACUGAUAAGGGUAACAAGAAAUAUAGAUUUAGCGGUAAAUGGACAGAAAACCUGAAGGAUGGCAACAAUAGAACUCUUUGGGAAGUGGGUAAAUUAGUAAAGAACUCAAAAUCAAAAUAUGGUUUCACAACUUUUGCUGCAAACCUAAACGAAAUGACUGAAAUUGAAGAGGGCAGGGUUGCACCUAACGAUUCAAGAUUGAGACCUGAUAUUAGAGCCUAUGAACAAGGUAAAAUUUCCGAAGCAGAACGCUUGAAACUGCAUUUGGAACAAAAACAACGUGAUAGACGCAUGAAGGGACACGAUGUUACACCACAGUUUUUUGAAAAGACAUCUGCAAACAAAUGGAAAUACCGUCAAGGACCGCAAAGUUACUGGGAAAGAAGAAAACGUCAAGAUUGGUCAGGCAUCACACCAUUAUGGUAG